UGUUGUAUUCCAAAUAUCCAUUGUGCUAUAUCGAGCUCUAUAAAUACCGUACUCGGGCGACUCGGCACAGCACGCGUAGAUUCGCAGCAAAAUGACAAUGUCGAUAUCGUUAUAACACACACCACCAUCCAGCUGCUUCCUCACUCAGACAGGCACGCAGUCAUCAUCUGUCGGCGGGCGCACAUUCAGUUUGCCUGUGGAUUGUAUAUUGCGAUUUCUUAAGCCUCUGGUGUGGUAUAUAGUGUAUACUUGCAAUCUAUCAUCAUUCAGUGAUAUUCUGCCGACAAGGAUAGCAAGUGCAUUACAGUAUGUACUGUUAGUACGGUCGUUACUGUCUGUGGUAUAGAAUAUUGAUGUACGAUAUUAUUGUCAGUUGAUGAGGAGAGGAUAGUACACAGCCUCAGUAAGCAGUCAUGGAGAACGAUAAACGCCCGGAUGAUCGCAAUGCGCGUGUGUAUAUAGAUGGAUGUUUUGACAUGGUUCAUUUUGGACAUGCGAACGCCAUGCGUCAGGCCAAAGCUUUGGGAAAAUAUCUGGUGGUUGGUGUCCAUAGCGACGCCGAUAUCACAGUUAACAAGGGCGCCCCAGCCUACCCCGAGGAGGAGAGAUACAAGUUAAUCCGGGCCAUUAAAUGGGUGGACGAGCUAGUGGAGGCAUCGCCAUAUUUCUAUGACGUCAGCUUUCUGGACAAAAUUGGGUGUGAUUUUGUUGCACACGGUGAUGAUAUAAGUCAUUCUAUUGUGACCGGUGGCGACGCCUACAUUACACAAAAGCAAUCCGGUCGAUACAGAGAGUUCAGGAGGACCAAUGGUGUUUCUACGACUGACAUCAUAGGACGGAUUCUACGCAUGACGAAGGAACAUCAUCAACCGAACCAGGAAGAAUCCAUUACGAAAGAAGAAGCAGGGGCCAUUGGUCAGGGUCCAGAUGCAAAGUCUCCUUAUACCACUGUUACACACUUUAUUCCAACGUCCAACAGAAUUUAUCAGUUUUCCAAUGGAGUCGAGCCGAAGCCAGGAGAUAAGAUAGUAUAUACUGCUGGGUCAUUUGAUUUAUUACAUGCCGGCCAUGUUGAUUUUCUAGAAGAGGCAGCGAAACAAGGUGAUUACUUAAUAGUUGGUGUUCACACCGACCAGGUCGUCAACAAGUACAAAGGGUCCAACCAUCCAAUUAUGAAUCUUCAUGAGCGCGUCAUGAGUGUGCUUUCAAUAAAGUAUGUAUCCGAAGUUGUGAUUGGAGCGUCUUACACGCUCAGUAAACUAAUGAUGGCACAAUUUAAGAUUGAUGUAGUUGUCCAUGGGCAAACUCCUAUUUUACCGGAGGAUGGACAUGACCCAUAUGAGGAAGCUAGAGAGCGAGGGAUAUUCAAAGUAAUUAACAGUGGGAACACCCUCUCAACUAACGAUAUCAUCCAGCGUAUAGUAGAAUACAGACUGCAGUUCGAAGAAAGAAACAAGAAAAAAGAAGCUGCUGAAAUUGAACAUAUCAAUCAGCAAGUUGCUGCAAUGGAUGCUGUUCACGGUCUGGAGUGCAGGGAAGGUUAAGUUGACAGCUCCAUCGCGAGAUCACCUUAAUUUAUAAACGCCUUAAUCAGCUGAACAUGCUUAUGGCGUUUUACAAAACUUUGGCCAAACAAAGUGCUGGGAAUAUAUAUUUUGUUAAGAAUGCAGGAGGCCUUUAAAAAUUUUCCGGAACCGCUGAGAAAGGACCGCUGAGAAGGGACCGCUGAGGCCACUGGGAGAGACAAAUCUAAACCCAAUAUGAGUUAGUCCAAUCUAAAUCCACCUUGGAAUCUGGUUUUUUGAAUGAUAAUGCGUCCUCAAAUCCCUCUAUCAAAAAUAGAAUAGUGUCCGUACUUACUUAUGGACAUGUUAUGUACCUGUUAUGCAAUAGAUACAUCCUGUUAUGCAAUAGAAAGCUUUUCUUUGGUGUUAACUUGAAGCGAUACAAUUCUGCAUUAUUGACUUUAAUCUGGGUUUAUUAAACCGAUAUUAUUCAAUUAUGAUACUACAUUAUGUAGGUGAUGGUAUUUUAUGCAGAUAUACAUGUAUUUUAAUUUCACUGCUGCAAUUUCAUAUAAACAACUCAACAAAAGUAAGUCCCCCUUUAAAAAUUUGUCAUAAUUUCUAAAGUAUCCACGACAAUGCAAUGAAAAUGGCAGGACAUCAUUAUACCAAUAUUAGGCAUAAUGGGUGAAAAGGACGAGGGCCUACGUAUUGUUAAGCAUGAAUGAUCUUCGAUUGAAUGAAAAACAUGCCGUUUAAAAAUAACGGAACUGAUCCACCAAGGCUGAAAUUGACUGGCAGUGUGGGUCGUGCAAUCAGUUGUGAUUUAAUACUCACUGAAACAUGCCACGAAUUUUAUUUAUGAAAUGGCCCUUUUUUUCAUUCAAUUGAAGAUCAUUCAUGCAUAACAUUAACAAUAGGUAUGCCCCUGUCCUUUUCACCCAUUAUGCCUAGUGUGGUAUGAUGAUGUCCUGCAAUUUUCAUUGCAUUGCCGUGGAUACUUAAGAAAUUAAAAUCAAUUGUUUAGAGGACUUACUUUUUUUGAGGUGUUUGUAUGUGUAUAUCGAUUGAGGUGUGUCCCUGCUCGUUCUUGUCUUCGAGAAAACAAUUCUUCAUCAAAAAUGUGAUCAUAUCAAGUUUGGUCUGGCAGAUUUAAUGAAGUUGAAUGACCAGGCAAAUCCAAGAGUUUGAGAAAGAGUUGUUGAAUGAGGUACCCAUCCUCGGCACCCAGUGGUUUUUUGUAUGGGACGUAGGAGUAUCAAAAACCUGAAGCUCAGGAUGUGAGGUACCAGGAUAGCUAAGACUGCCGCAACUAAGGCAUGAUAUCUUUUUCAAAGUUUAGUGCAACAUUGGUAGUCAUCGUGGGCUGCAAUCACUCACCUGUAAUAGGCUAAUUUACAAACAAGUGUUUCUGGACAUUAUCAUAACAUACAUCAACCGUCCACACACGAUGCAAGCAUUGAAACAUCUCCAUUUUCUUGUUUCAACAAAGCUAGGGGAAUGAACACUUGCUCAACUUGCAUCAUCAGUGACGUAACCAUGCCAAUGCCGUUGUAUAGACAUAUAAACGUAUACUAUAAAUGCCUUGUUGUAGCAGACUUGCAUGCAUCAUGACUGCACUGCAGCAAAGUCUAUAUCCACAUGUAUUUACCUGACACACAAAAGCAUACAAUAAACACGAACGGUUUGGGCCUUUAAAGGGACAACUUGGGUAUGGUUUUUCAUACAAAAAUAGCUACCAGCCAGACCAUGACUUCUCCAAUCAGGAUCAUUGGAAAGUCAUUGAACUGCAAUAAACAAUGCACUAGAACGUGGUGUAAUCAUAGGCCUGCCUGAAAUUCAUAUGCCAUGUCCAAAACUGCCUUCCACACUGUCCAAAGUCAUAAUUAGAACUCAGUAUUGAUGUGAUAUUACAGGUGGCGGCGCAUGGCGGCAAGCAGAGUCAUUAUCCUCCUGGCUAGGUGAAUACCACACCCAAGUUGUCCCUUGCUUUCCGUGAAGUGGUUUUUUCUCUUCGAGGGAAUUUCAAUGUUAGUGGAACUUAACUUAUAACAAAGAUGACAACGAUGAACAUACUAUAUGCAUUUAGUAUAAAUCUUUUAAAACCGGCACCAUACUUAUUCAUGUACUCAAGACAGACUGUAUUGUAUUGUUGUGAAAUUAAUGUAUUUGGGAAAUUUAAAUACAAAUUUUUCGUUUAACUGUUAAAUUCUAUUUGGUGCUUUGGGCUUCUAACGUUUGGCAUUUCGUCCGUGGUAAUUAUCAUGAGUGGAAGGCGAUUGAGUGUGCGAGAUUGCUGUGACUUAUAGAUACACAGACAGUCAUCAACAGUGGUGCUGCAGUAUUUUUGAAUAAGGGGUUAACGAUUGACCAGGGUCAUCAGUGUCAAUAUUAUCGUCUUUGUAUUAAUCAUCAAGGGUGAAAGUAGAAUUAACCCCUCUGUAAAAUUUGUCCUACAGUCCAAAUCACAAUUAACACAUCCAUAGAUACGUGUCACCCAAUUAUACGUUGCGUGCGAAUCAGGAAAGAUGUCAAUUGUGAUUUGGACUAUACCCUAAAGUUUUGAAUUAUUGUUCAAUUAUUGACAGCAAGAGACCUAGGCCUCAGAUGGUUGGACUAAAGUAAGACUGCAGCAGCUAAGUGCAGGUCGUAGAUUCUCGUCACACCAGCAUUAUGAUGUAAGGAUAACCGGCUUAUUACGUAUGGAUAUGUGCAUCUUAUUUGUGCCAUUACAUUCUAUGUGCCAUAUCCUUAACCCUUUGGCAAACUGGCAUCUCUAAUGUUUCAAUUUUUCCGCCUAUUUUAGGGCCUGGUAGUUGUUUCGUCCGUUUUUUCCCAUUUGGCUAUUUAAGAACCCUAUCCAAUAUUUCGUUCUUGAGCUUGCUGAUAUACAAAAAAAAAUCAUAACCAUUGUUACUGAUAUUAGAAAAUUCUCUAGGAUCUCGUAAGAAAUAUAUCCAGUAGUUUUUGCACAGCCACCUAAAAAGGACAGUGACAAUGACUAAUGAAAAAGACUUUAGUCCGGUUGUGUAGUAUCAUCGUAUUUCUGAGUACGCUUAAAACACAGUGAACAACGGUACACCAUUAACGUGACCGUAUUUACCAUGAACAACAUUUCCGCGUUUAUGCGGGUACGGCGACUUGGAUUUUUUGACACUUUAUGAUAAGUUUCUUCGUACUUCUAAUUGAUUGAGACAAAAUUUUAAAUCUGUAAGUGGGAUAAUAUGUUCGUGAACAGAUUCGGCAUGCCUUGGAUUGCGAACAAGUUGCAAUGAUCUGAUAAACAUUGAUAAUUCGGCAUUUUCGAUACCCCUUUGAAAAGCUUGAAUGUUUCAGUGUCUAGAGAGAGGGACCUCUUUAAUAAUCGGAGGAAUCGUCAGACAUUCGGCUUCUCUUAUGAUAGUAGUAGUUGUUAAACAUGUCUUUGAUUCGUGAGAUAAUUAGGUACAAAUCUCGAUACAUGCAAAGUGUACGGCUGUUAACAACAGCCCGGUGCACUCCAUUUAUAAUAACCGACCACGAAAGUGUCCUCCUACUUGGCAUUAACAACAAAAAAUAGAAAAUCUGUUAGAAGGGUUUAUUCUUUAACAUAACUAGACAAAACGACCACUCCUCAUCUCGCAGGCAGUCUUACGCAUUACGAAGAGGGGCUGGUAACCUCCCGAUGGCUAAUGAGAUUCCCACACCUUCAAAAUGAAUAAUAAAUGUUCCAAUGACUAAAAGUAAGGGUUGAUUUGAUGGAACCGAUUAUUUUGGAAGUUAAGUUAGGUCCUUUAAUAAGGCAUGCGAAUAUGCUAGUUAAAAAUAUAGUUCACCAUAGUUUUUACCUUCUAGAAGUGAGAGAAUUAUCCCACUUCUCAUUUACAAUGCGAAUUCCCAAAUGUGGUUUAUGCGUAUCUUGGAUGUUGUUAAUUGGAAUACGGCCUCACGAGACGGUCAGUUUGAAACAUAUAUCGUCUGCUAUAGGAAAUGUUGUUUAUGGUAAAUACGGUCACGUUAACGGUGUACCGUCGGUUGUCAACUGUGUGGAGGUCGUUGAGCCUAUGAAAAUCUUCUUCGCUUCACAAAGAAACAUUUUGAUGUUGUAUAUCUCUACCUGCUAAAAAUCCUCUACUGACUUUUAAAACUUUUAUUUUCUUGUAGUAUGUAUGAGCAUUAAUGUUGCGCCAGCCACCCAGAUUGAAUCGUUGGUAUGGUAGGCUAUAUCAUGUUGGAUUUGCAAAUCUUAUGUAAUGUAUACAUGUACCUCAUGACAUUACCACUAUGAUCCAAAUUACUUAGUGCUCGGGUAAUGCCAGUGGCUUUUUAGCUCACCUCUUAGCAGAGGUGAGCUUAUCCCAUACCGUGGCGUCCGUCGUCCGUCGUCGUCGUCGUCGUCGUCGUCGUCGUCGUCGUCGUCGUCGUCGUCGUCGUCGUCGUCGUCGUCGUCCGUCGUCCGUUAGCAGGGCACGUUUCGUAACUGUUAGAGCUAUUGAGUUGAAACUUGGUACACAUGUACCCUUAUGUAAUGACACCUGGGAGACUAAGUUUCGGUCCGAUUCGUUUCAUGGUUUGGCCACCAGGGGGCCAAACGUUAAAAGUGAAAAUAUGCAAUAUCUCCCUUAAUAGUAGUCGGGAAAUUUUGAAAAAAAUAUGGUAGGUACUUCUAGCAAAGGUGCAUCAUAUAUCCUCCGGGUUUUUGAUUUGACCUCCUUUUCAAGGUCACAGAGGUCAAAUGGUGUAAAUUAGCCAUUAGGAUGUAACGAUGGCACGUUUCUAAACUGCAAUGACUAUUGAUACCAAAUUUGGUACACAUUUACCCCUUAGUCAGGUGAUCUCAGGGACCAAAGUUUGGUCCAAUAUGAUUCACCACUUGACCACCAGGGGGCAAAAUCCAAAAACCUUAAAAAUGUGAUUAUUCCUUAACUUCUUGCCCGAUUGCCACCAAUUUGAUAUCAUGGGUACAUCUAACCACCAUACAGUAUAUGUCACACAGGUUUUUAAUUUGACCUUCUUGUCAAGGUCACAGAGGUCAAAUGGCGUAAAUUCGCCGUCAGGCCGUAACUAUGGCACGUUUCUUAACUGUAAUGACUAUUGAUCACAAAUUAAGUACACAUGUACCCCUUGGUCAGGUGAUCUCAGGUACCGAAGUUUGGUGCGAUCUGAUUUGCCGUUUGGCCUCCAGGGAGGGGGCCAAAUCCUAAAUUCUUCAAAAUGCCAUUAUUCCUAGUAAUGACUUGCCCGAUUGGCACCAAUUUUAUAUCAUAGGUACAUCUAAUUCUAACAACCAUUCAAUGUGUCACCCGGGUCUUCUUUGAUUUGACCUACUUUUCAAGGUCACAGAGGUCGAAUGUACUGUAAAUUGGCCAUUUUGGGGAAAUUGUAAUUGCUUGGACCUACAUCAAACCUAACACUACAUGACACAAGACCAUGCUCUUUAUCCAUCUUUCCUCCACAUGAGGUGAGCACAAUGGCCCUGGCCAUUUCAUUUAGUUAAAGAAGCACACCCGUCCAAAUAUGAAUACGGAAAAAAAUGUAUACCGGUAUCAUCAGAGUGGCAUUAUCACUGCACUUAAGAUUGAUGUAACAUUCAUGUAAAUCACAAGUGUACAUGUGCAUGUCAACUAGGUGACACUUAAAAAGAUUCCUAUACUGAUGGUUUUGAAUAACGCCCACAAUAGUCGUACUUCCACCUAUCAAAUCCCCGUGUCUUUUGCGCUUACACCUAUGAAUUGCCGUGUCUAAAUAGACCCGUGUGUCAAAUCCUCGUGUCUAUUAGCCCCAUCGAGCUCGAUGGGGCUAAUCGGGUGCUAAUCGGGGGCUAAUUUAGACCCGUGUUCAACACGGGUUUUUUGAUAGGUGGAAUCUGAGUUGACACGGCAAUUGCAUGUUCUAAGAUCCGACGACAGAUGGCGCGGUGUAGUUGCCUCGGUAUUGCGCAUGCGAAAUUCCCCUCCAACGGAAAAGAAACACAGGAGAGCUCCCUACCUACAGCGCACCUAUUGCCGGGGCUAUUAACCAUUAUCUAACACCACUGAUAGGUGUAAGUGCGCCCCGGGUUUUUCGACACACGGCGAAGACACGGGUCUUGAAAAAACACGGGGUUUUAUGAUAGGUGGAACUACGACUAUUAUCAAUCAUAAAUUUACUGAAAUCCGGCCGCAUGUAGCUGAGGUCAGUUGUUUUUUUUUCGGGUCUAUCGAGGAGAAAUUGUUAACUUAAUGGGGUUAUGGAUUCUCCUAAAUUCUGUAUUGUCUAAAAAUGACCAUCUUACAACAUAUCACUGUCACCUCCGAGAAGUAUUUAAUUUAUGAAUGUAGGUCUAUUAUAUUUUGGUAUGUCAGUAGGAAAGAGGCUGAAGCAAGGCCUAAGGGCCACUUAUUUAGUAUUGUUAUUAUUAUUUAAUUAGAUAUGAUUUAUCUUUUAUGAGUGUGGGAUGUGGGAUAUACAUGUAAGCAGGUCAAGAUGAAUUUUACGAUACGGAUUCUUCUUCGAAAAUAAAAUACAGUGAGAGUCAUCUAUUGACAUCUUGGAUCUUAAUUGCAAGUCGUAUGCUGCCACUCUGGACUUCUUUGAACACAGCGUCAUUGUUUUUACCUUAUCAUGCCAGGUGCGUAGCUACAUGUUGCUUUUGGUCUUUGCAAGUGACACUUUUUGAAAAUUUUCGGCCGAAAUCGCGGUCAAAUCGACAUUUUUUGGUGACUCCUGCAGGGGCGUUUGCGCACCCCCCCCCCCCUCCUGCCCUCGCUAGCUACACCCCUGUACACUUAAAAUUAAAAAGUUCUUUCACAAGUAAAGAAGUGGUUCAUCAAUUGUGAAUGCUUCAUAACAAAACAAGACGUAUACUUCGUUAAUAAAUUUGAAGAUGUCACCAGAUGACCGCGAUUAAGUCUCAACGUGGAGUCGUAAAGUGCAUCUUUACAUUAUUACGUAAUACAUGUGCUUGGACGUAUUAUCUGUUGUUUUAUAUGGACGAUCGGAUGUUUGGAUGCAUUAGGUAAGGUGGUACAAUUAUAACCUCGGUACAGGGUAAAAAACAGCUGGCAGGUGUAGAUGCCCCCUUUAACUCGGUACUCCAACCUCGGUAACAUGCAAGUUGAGAUGACUGUUUUUGGAUGAUUCUGCCAUUCGAGGAGGAUAAAAUAGCUUCCGCUUACAUGCAUGACCUGUUGAAACUCCGUUUGUCUGAUAUAUGUGUUAGCGUCUUGGGCUAUGACCUGAUUCGAUCAAGGAGCACCACAUAUUUCUUCUCCUUCCAUGAUUCAGUACGAAUGACGAUUGUAGAUACAAGAAGACCAAAAUAAAUCUAUCAAUUUAA